AUGCGAAUACUGAAUGGAGAUAGAGGAUACAUUGCUAUGGGAAUCCCGGAAAACAGUAUUGUGGCUGAAGUUUUUGCUAUGUCUCGGCAUCAAAGACAUAGAGAUGCUCGGCUCCAAUCUGUUGAGGAGGAAAUAUCAAAAUAUCGGAUAGCACAAGUACCUGCAGAAUAUGACAUCGCUCUGUGGAAAGAUAAAGAUGGUGUUUAUCGGGAAAAGUUCUCUACUAAAGCUACGUGGAACCAUAUCCAUGUCGUUCGUCCCACAAUGGAGAACCAUAAAGUGAUCUGGUUUCGACAUGCUACUCCCAAAUACGCUUUUAUCACCUGGCUCGUGGCAAAAAAUAGAAUCGCAACAGGAGAAAGGAUGCAACGCUGGAAUCAACCGGUUAAUACAGGUUGUAUCUUUUGCACUCACCCUCUGGAGACAAGAGAACAUUUGUUCUUCCAGUGCCCUUUCUCAGCGCAGGUCUGGGAGGUAUUAGUACAGAAGCUGCUCUCUGACAAGUUCACAAACCACUGGCAAGACAUCAUGUAUCUAUUAGCAGGGAGCAUACUGGACAAGACAAAGAGAUUAAUUGUGGGAUAUGCUUUUCAAAGUACGAUCCACUCUAUCUGGAGAGAGAGGAACGACCGACGGCAUGGAGAAAAACCUUCCCUAGCUGAGACGAUUGUCAAAUUCAUAGACAAGACUGUCCGUAAUCGACUAAGUACAAUCAAGGAGGAUGGAGGAUCAAAUAUUCAAGUCUGGUUUGAAGCAAGAUUCUAUUGA